GUAGAUAAUUAUGAAGUAAUAUUUCUACAUAAAAUGUCUUUAGGUGUGCGAUGAAAUUGACCGUACUCGAAUGUUUUUUUCGUUAUGGGUCAAACAGCCUCUAAUGUUGCUAAGAAAGUUGUCACGCCUAUUACAUCUCUGUACUCACAGAACAACAAUGGAUCGACUGAAAUAUGCAAAAGAACUGUGAAAAAUCCUGUAAUACCUUAUGUGUUUAAGCGUCGAGGAUCAAUGUAUUUUGAUGAAGAUGGAGAUCUUGCGCAUGAAUUUUACGAAGAAGUAUUUCUCGACCGAAUGGGGAAGAAGCGCAUGAUGCGUAAACAAGAGCGGAACUUGAUAGCGCAGGGUGAAAUUGAGCUUCCAUUUCCACGACUACAUGUUGACUUCCCUAUAGUAAUUUGUGAAGCCCCAGACUUGUGAUGGUCUGGGAUAUGAUCUUUCACCCCAUUCCAAACAGUGAUUGGAGAUCUUGCUCAAGCAUGUCUGAAAUUGCAGGACAAAUCACAGUGCUUUUGGUGAGAGACAGGCAGAGAAGCACAAACACAUAGUGAUAUGAUAUUCUAAAGCAAAUCAGGCCAACACAAAUUACCUCACAGCACUCUUUGUUAAAGUAAAAAUAAAAACUUUUAUAAAGCAAGAUUUCAUGGUCUUGGAGUGCACCCAUUUCAAUAUGAUAUUUACUAAUCUUUGAAUUACAUGUCUGUACAGCUCCAUUCUGGGAGUCAGUAAAGAAUAUACUAUCAGUUAUGUUGAGUGGGUUGUUAUCAGUAAAUGAGAGUAUUCCUUGUAGUCAGGGUGCCCCAACAACCAGUUAUUUCAAAUUGAUGCAAAUAUUUACUUUCAGUGAUUACAUUAAAGGUAAAAAAUGAAAUUACAACUUCAAUCUGAAUCGACAAUGAUCAACCCAAUUGUAAUUAUGUAGGGCUGAAUGGCACAUAAGCCCAUGUUUACAUGAAAAAUGACAAUAUCCAAAAAGCUUUAACAUUUGAGUUGAUGGUCCAGUCUAAAUAUAUCUGGGGUUCACUUGCUUUCAAAAAGAGAUUGCUUAUUUAGCUCCAUAAGAUACUGUGUUUAUAGAGUAAAUCUUUUAACAUCAGGUUAUUUUGGAGAUGAUUUGAAAAUAUUUAACAACAAAAAAGUAAUCGAAUUUAAUAUCAGACAGUGUUUAUAUGAUGUUAUAUACACUCUUAAUUCAUCAAAGUCUUUUAACAGGCAAAGUUUAAAGAAGACAAUGAUUAAAUGCAUUAAAUGUUUUAUAAAUUGUGAAAAGUGUUUUAAAAUUUGUGAUGAAUAUACGAAAAAUGGUCAUGUUUUUGUGUAGGAACAUUUUACAUCAAGAUCAAAGACAUUGUUUGCAAAGAUUAGAGUUGUCCAAGUUAGAACCAGCUUCCUGUCUUUCUCAAUCCAUGAUUGUAGGUGUCUUGCACAAGUACCAUCACUCACAGGAUGUUAUCCAAAUAUAUCUACUUGAAAGAUGCUCCCUUUGAGAUGCUGGUUUAAAAUGUCAGCUGUUGGAGUUAGUCUUUUCUUAUCCAUUGUCUUGUGACUGAACAUUUUCAUUCUCAAGAAAUCAACAGUGGUAUCAUCAACAUAAUUUUCAUUGGAAUACAGCCUGCAGACAAGCUGCAUCACAACUUCUUUCUACUGUAAUUUUUGAUGAUAUGGUGUGCUAGCUGCAACUGUGAUAUCAGUUAUGUGACAAGUUCUGUCAUUCAUCUCUCAGCAGUAUAGUUUCCUAUUAAGCUUAAAAGUUGAUGUGCUGUCUGAUCAAGAGAAAGUGUAAAAGAGAGUCAUUGCUUUGAGUGUUGUUUCUUUUAAGCUUGAAUUUGUAUGCUGUAUGACUAAGUGAUGUUUUCUGUUGAAAUUUCCAUAGAAAACCAUUCGUAGAUUUUUCUUGAUUGACACUUUGAAAAAGAUAUAAUUUUUCUCAAGUAUUUCUUUUCUAGAAGUAAUUAUAUUUUUCUUGCUCCCUCAAUUCUAGAUUGAGCUAAAGAUGAUGUUGAGUUGCACUUCUUUCUUCAUGAUGACAAGCUCUUCAUUGCCUCUUCUUUCUGUGAAUUAUUCUUCACAACAGCUAAUCUCAGGACUAGUUAGAAUUCAGUACUUUAAGAUGGUAGGGUUUUCACUAAUAGGAAUCAUUCUCCCAGUUCCUUUCACUUCCAUUUAAUGCAUUUCAUAUUUGUCUUCUUUAUAUUCUGGUUGUUUGGAGUUUGUUGAUGAUUUGAAGGGAUUGUCUUUAUUAUUCAUAUGUAUUAUGUAAACUUACUUGAUAUUACAUUUUCUUAUUGCUUUUAGUUUAUCUUUUGGAGCUUUUUGUGAGGUUUUUUCUUGUUCCUUGCCAUUUUUGAAUUAUCUCUAAAUAAACCUGAUGUUAAAUAAUUCAUAUUGAUAUUGUAGACACAGUACCUUAUAGGGAUAAACUAAUUAUAAAUAUGAGUGUAGAUCUUCAUUUCAAACCAAAUGACACCAAAUAUAUUCAGAUCAUACUCUCAACACAAAUAUUAGAGCUAUUUGAAUAUUGCCACUUCCAUCAAAAACACAGUCAUGCUUCUCAAAUCUCUUACAUGCUUCCUAUUGGGCUGUCUAUUGUCCCCUUGAGCUGAAGUUGUAAUUUAAAUUCUUACCUUUCAAUGUGAUACCAACAAGUACACUUUUGCCUCAAUUUGGGAAGGAAAUAAAUUUUGCCAAAAUUGGCAUCCCAGUAUAUUAGAGACUAAACUUCAGAUAUUGUCAAAUUUGACAGCAUGUUCAAAAUUAUAUAUAUUUAUUAUAACAAAUACAGUGAACCUUUUUUCUUUAGGUUUAAUCUUAAGAAAAUUGGGAUGAAAAAUUUUGUAAAAAUUGUUUUAGAAUCUAGCUAUAUAUUCUAUUUUCACUUUAGUAUUUAUUCUUUUGAUUUUUUUUUAUAUAACCUUAACAAUUAAACUUUUUAAUGUUUAUGUGUUCUAAUAUAAUACUAAAAACCUUUGUGUUUUUCUUUAACAUUUUUGAUUUUUAACAGUGAAAAGAUAGCUCUAAAUUAAAAUUUCGUAAGUUAUAUAUAUAUAUAUAUAUAUACAUAUGUAUAUAUAUAUAACUUCACUCAUUGAAAUUAUUUUAAUUUUCACUAUUUACUACAUUAAAUUUCACUAUUUCUAACAUUGUUUUCAUGUUGAAAGAAUAGAUAUUUCUAAUUUAAUAAAAAAAAAAAAAAAAAGAUUUAGCUUUUUCUUACUUCCUAUUUAGAAAGAUUGCACCAAAUUUCUAUAAAUAGUUCUGCAGAAUCUUGGCCACCAAGCAAAACUUAAACUUCAGCUAAAGAAGCCAAAGAGUUUCUAGUUUUAAUUAAUGAGUCAAUCAAUCAAGUGACAAAUUUCUGUUUAAAGUCAACUCAAAAUAAAUCUUGUGGUUCUCACUAACAUAUGUAGUACAAAAUACAUUAUAUUCAACUAAAAGCUGAUGGUGGUUCUCUACAUUUUUGUCUCUGGAAAGAGACUAAGCAAUAUCAAUUUUAUUUCAUAUUUCUAUUGAAUAUGUUUAUUAUUCACAUAUUGUAUUAUAGAAUGUUUGCUUUUUAAAAAAAAAUUAAAUAAAUAAUCAGAAAUGA